AUGGGGCUGCACUGGUUGUGUGCACAGCUCGGCGCCAUGGCUUGCGGGCUUCUGCUGCUUCUUCUCCCAGGCCAGGGUCAGGAUUCCACAAGCCCCAUCAGGACCACACACUCUGGGCAGGUGCAGGGGAGUCUGGUCCACGUGGAAGGCACCAACGUGGGCGUCCACACCUUCCUGGGCAUUCCCUUUGCCAAACCGCCUCUGGGGCCACUGCGUUUUGCACCUCCUGAACCUGCUGAAGUUUGGAGUGGAGUGAGGGAUGGCACCUCCCAUCCAGCCAUCUGUCCACAGGACAUGGUUGCUAUGAAUACCCAGACUCAGAAGCUAUUGAACCUGACCCUGCCAUCCAUUCUCAUGUCUGAGGACUGCCUGUACCUCAACAUCUACGUACCUGCCCAUGCCCGUGAGGGCUCCAAGCUGCCUGUGAUGGUGUGGAUCCAUGGGGGUUCCCUGACUAUAGGCAUGGCAUCUUUGUAUGAUGGCUCUGCCCUGGCAGCCUUUGAGGAUGUAGUAGUGGUCACUAUCCAGUACCGCCUUGGCGUCCUGGGAUUCUUCAGCACUGGAGACCAGCACGCCAGCGGCAACUGGGGCUACCUGGACCAAGUGGCUGCACUGCGCUGGGUACAGCAGAACAUUGCCCACUUUGGAGGCAACCCUGACCGGGUCACCAUAUUUGGCGAGUCUGCAGGAGGCAUAAGUGUGUCCUCACACGUCCUGUCACCCAUGUCGCAAGGACUCUUCCAUGGAGCCAUUAUGCAGAGUGGGGUAGUCCUGUUGCCCCGCUUCAUCUUGAAUUCAUCUGAUGCCAUCUCCACGAUGGUGGCCAAUCUAUCUGCCUGUGACCAUGGGGACUCCGAGGCCCUGGUGGCUUGUCUGCGGGACAAGAGUGAGGAGGAGAUGUUGAACAUCACCAAGGCCUUCAAGAUCAUUUCUGGGGUGGUGGAUGGAGCCUUCCUGCCCAAGCACCCCUUGGAGCUGCUCUCCUCAGCCAACUUUCAACCUGUGCCCAGCAUCAUUGGAGUGAACAAUGAUGAGUAUGGUUGGAUCAUUCCCUCGAGCCUGGGCCUCUAUGCCACACAGAAGGAAGUAGACAGAAAGACCAUGCGGACUUUUGUACAGAGACCACUGGCGCAUAUGAUGCUGCCCCCUGAGUUUGGGGACAUGUUGAUGGAGGAGUACUUGGGAGAUACUGAGGAUCCCCAGACCCUCAAGAUCCACUUCCUGGAGAUGAUGGGGGACUUGAUCUUCCUGAUUCCCGCCCUCCAAGUAGCACAUUUGCAGCGUUGCCAUUCCCCGGUCUACUUCUACGAGUUCCAGCAUAGGCCCAGCUUCUUCCAGGAUACCAAGCCGCCCCAUGUGAAGGCCGACCAUGGGGAUGAGGUUCUCCUCAUCUUCAGGAACUUUUUCAGGGCCACUCAGGUGACUCUCACUGAGGAGGAGGAGCUGCUGAGCAGGAGGAUGAUGAAGUACUGGGCCAACUUUGCUCGCACGGGGAACCCCAAUGGUGAGGGCCUGCCACACUGGCCCAUGUUGGACCAGGAGGAGCAGUACUUGCAGCUGAGCACACAGCCUGCGAUGGGCCGGGUCCUAAAGGCCCACAGGCGCCAGUUCUGGACCAAGUAUCUGCCCCAGAGGAUGCAGGAGCUGAUGGGGGCUGAGCAGGAUCAUGUGGAGCUGUAG